AUGCCGAAAACCGCAGCCGCAAAGGGCAGCAAAGGGCCCGCGGGGCAGGACUAUUGGUUCGUGUUUGACAGUCUGCUGGUGGCCUUGAUGAUUGCAGAGACCUGGGUCUUGCCCGGGCUGCUGCUACUCUCAGGCAACGGCGCAGAACUGCCCGCGGGCGGCACGGACGUGCUACGCUUGUUUCGCCUGCUGCGGCUGACGCGCAUGGCAAGGAUGCUGAGAUCCAUAACGGAGCUGAUGAUCCUCAUCAAGGGCAUGGCGGCCGCUGCGCGCUCCGUCUUUUUCGUGAUGUGUCUUCUGGUGAUUAUCAUCUACGUGUUUUCCAUCGCCUUCACUCAGCUGGCUGCGGGCACGGUGAUGGGCAGCUUUUACUUCCCCACAGUUCAGCACUCCAUGUACACGCUCCUCAUCUACGGCACUUUCCUGGACGACAUCGCCCCGUUCUGCGACGAAGUAGGGGCCGAGAGUGUCGCUUGCCUCGUGCUGGUCUUCGUCUUUGCCAUACUGGCAGCCUGCACUGUGCUGAAUAUGCUCAUCGGUAUCCUUUGCGAAGUGGUGUCUGCUGUUGCGACCACAGAGAAGGAAGACAUGAUGGUGCACAUGGUCACCGUGAAGCUCGAGCGACUGCUCCAGAACGGGGAUACCAACAACGACGGGAAUAUCUCGCAGGCACCGCUUGCGCUGGGCACCAGCGAGGCUUACAGAGAAAGGAUCUGCUUCCGAGCGUUAUGGUUGGAGGUGAUCCAGCACGAGUUGCGAGUGGCAAUCGCCUUCAUCUUUCGAUUUCUGCAGGGCCCUGUGGCAGCGGUCAGCCCCUUCUUCUUUCGCAGGCACGAGCGUUUGCUGCCGCUCUUGCUAUUUCGGGAAAGGUGCUACAAGGUGAAUGUCCCCUGCCACGGCGCGUGCCGAGAAUUGGCCAGCGCCAGUGCAAGCCGAUUCUCAGGUCGGCAGAGGCUGGGGGGCCCGAUUCUCGCGCCGAAGCUGCAGAGGACAGUCGUUUCUGCGCAGUGCGAGCCGAUGGACCGCUUCGGGGACCUGCGGCUGGCGAGCUACCGGUUCGACCCAACCCAGGAGCCGCUGAGAAGCCAGCUGAUCAACCAGCUUGGCGCUGGUCCCAGCGCCCUUAUCGAGGUGGCCAAGAACUUCGUGGGGGGGGUCAAUGCCGGGCUUUGGCUGUUGCGGGCCCAGGAGGAGAUGGUCCUGAAGUUGGUGCGCUUUGAUGCCACGGCCCCCUCCCAGCUGGUCGAGGCGAGCAUGUUUGCCAAGCUGGCCAAAGAGUUCCCGAAAAUCGCCGAAGAUCCGGCCCUGGCGUUCCCAACGAAGAUUUUCCACGUGCGAACGCCCAACGGGGUACGCAGCCAUGACCUGGUGGUCAUGCGGCGCGCCCCAGGCCGCCUUCUGGCCGACCUCAUCUCGGAGCGCUGCCGCGCGGGGCGCGCAGAGGAGCUGUUGGACAUCUUGGAGCGCGUGGGCAUUUGCACUGCGGAGUUUCACCACCGCUACCGAGGCAAGCAGCACUGCGACCUUGGCCCGCACAACAUCUGCUUUGAUGAGGAGUCUGGGCGCACAACCUUGAUCGACCUCGGGGGCAUGGGGAACACGGUCUCGUCCAAGGAUGUGGACCGCUUCUGUCAGAUCCUACGGCGCAUGGCGGACGGCCUAGGCCAAGAGCUGCAAGAAGGCGUCCGCCGCUUCCAGGAAGGCGUGGCGCUGCGCGGCGCGGCAGAGCCACAAGGGCCCAUCUCGGCCGUUCCGCAUGAGGAAUUCGGGCAAAACGAGGCGAGCUGCGAGUGGAGCAACCUGAUACCGGCGGAGUUUGUGAAGAUCCUGAAGAUGCCGGAGGCCGUGCUGGCGCUGGAGGAGGUGGGCAUCGACCCAGUCUCCAUCAUCGACUUCACGGAUUACAUUUUCGGGGGCGAGGACAGCGUCGAGGAUACUUUGAACUUCCCAAAGUUCAUGGAGGUCAUCCUGAAGCUUAGGCAGACCAACGAGUGCACGAUCAGGGACAUGGUGGACCUGCGAAGGCAGAUCACCAGCCAGCUGGUCACGGCUCAGGACGUGAUCCUGGAAGACAUCCGGGCACAAUGCGAGCGGGCGCGCCAGGGUGCUGAAGAGCGCCGCGAGGACCUCGUCUAUGGCACAGGUGAUGCCUCCGGCACGGGCUCGACUAGUGACAGGCAGCCCUGCCCGACACUGAACGGGCUGAAGGCCCGAACAGACAGGCUGGAGGAGCUGAUGAAGAAGACUCUCAAAGAGGUCCAAGAGCUUCUGCAGCGGACUCCGGUUUCCGCGCCUGAGGAGGCCGAGGAGCCCUGGACCGUGGCCUCGCAAGCGAAGCCGCCCAAGGCGCGGGUACGGCCUCCAGAGCAGAAGCCGGACCUCACACAUCGCUUGCCCAGGGCGCAGGUGCUACCUAAGGGCCGAGACCGGCCGCCCUCAGAGCAUCGAGUGAAAGGGCACGCGCCUGUGCUGCGCUAG